GUCACAGCCGCGUUGUGAUAAAUAGGCGGUGGAGAUGCAGAGCGCGCCAUCCUCCUCCAGAGACCGGCUCCUGACAUGCUGUGGUCGUCGCUCCUCCCGCUCGCGCUGCUGCUCGCGGCGCGCGCCGCUCGUGUCGCCGGUGCCGCCGCGCCGCCGCCUCCCCCGACCUACCGGGACACGGACCCGGUGACCGGCCACUCCGUGGAGUGCGCCCGCUGCGCGCCGGGCACCUACCUGCGCUCCAGCUGCACGGCCACGCGCGGUAGCGUGUGCGCGCCGUGCCCGUCGGGCUCGUUCACGGAGCUGUGGAACUAUAUCGGGAAGUGCCUCCGCUGCCGCGUGUGCGGCCGCGACCAGGUGGCCGCGACGCCGUGCGCGGCGGACAGCGACUGCCGGUGCGCGUGCAGGCCCGGGUACUUCAAGAGGGAUCACGGGAUGUGCCACCGACACCGGGAGUGUCCGGCCGGGCAAGGGGUGCUGAGCAAAGGCUCGCCGGACCGCGACACGGCGUGCGGCGCCUGCUCCAACGGGACGUUCUCCGCCGCCGUCUCCACUCAUGCCGGCUGCGCGGCGCACGCGGCCUGCGGCGCGGCGGGCGAGCGAAAGCUGCUGAGCGGAGGCAGCUGGCACGACAGCGUGUGCACGAGCUGCAGGUCCAGAGACGGAGGCGACUACCUCAGAGAAAUCCUCCCGUCUUUCUUCGUGCACCAGAAGAUCCACGCCAAGCGUCUGCGUCGCAUUCUGCACAAGCUGCCGCCGUCCGGCACCAAGCGAGGAGCGUCGGGCCUCGACCCGUCGGACCUCCGUGGGCGGAUCGACACCUGGGCGGCGACCGCCACGGCCGCUCAGAUCCGGGAGGUGCCGGCGGUGCUGACCCGGACCGGGGCGGACGGCGCCGGCGAGCGGCUACGCAACAAGCUGCAGAGGAUCGACUCCAACCUCAAGGAGCUGUGCGGCCCGAGCAACGAGGUCGAGAGGUCAAUCGCAUGAAGGAGACGGUCCUGAGGACCAUCGAGGUCCACCGGGUCCGGGCAGAACAUCACAGUCCACGGUCAAUACCGGCUUUAGGACUUUAGAAUACCGGUCAUUUUAUUUUUUGUUCUUAAAAUUAAGCAAAUUUUUUCACCUCGACUGAAAAUAAAUGAACGUUACAGAAAACUAUCGUAAGGCAGCGUGUUGUUGCCCCACUUCAUCCCCCAGCAAGGUGGUGAUGAUGUAAUCUCAGGGUCCGUACGGUCAUGGAAAACAUGGAAAAGUCAUGGAAUUUUAAAAUGGUCAUUUCCAGGCCUGGAAAAGUCAUGGAAAAAACGUAAAUCAUAAAAAAAGUUUUGGAAAAGUCAUGGAGAUGUGUUAUAAUCACAUGUUCAUUCACGCCGAGUUUGAAAUAAUUAAUAUGUUUUUUAAAGAAAGACGCUCAAAAUAUAAGCUGGCGUACGCUCUCGAUACGCAGAGUUUUCUAAAUUGUUCAUGUUUAUACCGAGAUUUCAGUUUGGUCCUGGACAUUUGGUUUAAAGUCCUGGAAAAGUCCUGGAAAUCCACUGGUCAACAUGUGUAAAACCCUGUAAUGUAUAAUGGAAUAUAAUGCAGAUCUAAUAUAUACCGUGACUCCUAAACUCGAGUAGUUCUUCCUCAUCUUCGGUUUGAAGUGUCCAUGUGAUUCUAGCUCCGCCCUCUGGGAUCCCUCUGGACUGAUGAUGUCAUGAUGUAUCGUACGACUGAGUCCUGAAGACCAGAACACACCGAUCAGCAGCCGGGGCGCGCUGGCCCUUUAAUGUGAUUAAACACUGUUAUUACCCUUUAGAGAAUGAAUAACAUCUACCUCUAUGUAUGUUAAACUGUUUCUUUCCCAUUGUAUCAGCGACGUAUGUGAACUUAAGUUACAGUUCGAUGGAAGCGAGGCGAGUUGAGGGACGUGUCGCUCUUGUCUUCGCUUUUUCGUGAUUUAUAAAGAAUUCGUAGAACUGUCUGCAAGUGAAGCCGCAGCCUGUGAAAUAAAACUGUUUCAAAUCAA